AACAUAGUUUUAUCAGUUAUUAUUAAAUAGUUAAUAACUCAGAAACCAAUAAAAAAAUCACUGAAACUUUUACGGUUUUCAUAAAUUCAUAAUAAAUUUCCGCUGGCAACACAUAUCCGCCCACUGUCAAAAACAACAAAAUCAUCCUCUUGUUGGUUGAAUUUUCUCGACAAAUUCUCUUAGUACACGUGUACCGACAAUUCGAUGUUAAUAAUUUCAUCAUUUGUGUCUAUUUAUGGUUAAACGAUCAGCGAGUGCUGUGUUCUAAUUGUUGUAAAAACUCCUCGUAACCUGUUCUUUAGUGACUCUGUUGUUUGUGUUUACAUACGAAAAUGUCUGAAUUCAAGGAUUGGUUCGAGAGUGUACCGUUUUUCACUCGUUAUUGGUUGACUUUAACAAUAGUGUUCAGUAUAUUGGGCCGGUUCGGGCUAUUAAGCUUCUCCUAUUUAAUACUGGACUUCUAUUCCAUUGUAAACAAAUUCCAGUUAUGGCGACCGGUCACAGCACUGUUCUUCUACCCGAUAAGUCCGAGUACAGGAUUCCACUUCCUAAUCAAUUGCUACUUCCUGUACAACUACUCGCAAAGACUUGAGACGGGAAUGUUUGCGGGCAAGCCUGCAGACUACUUCUACAUGUUGCUCUUCAACUGGGCCUGCUGUGUUGUCAUUGGAUUACUUGUUAACUUGCCUAUCCUAAUGGACCCGAUGGUACUGUCAGUGCUGUACGUAUGGUGCCAGCUCAACAAGGACGUGAUCGUCUCCUUCUGGUUCGGUACACGGUUCAAAGCGAUGUACCUGCCGUGGGUGCUGCUAGCUUUCAACCUUGUUAUCAGCGGCGGAGGUGUGAUGGAGUUGAUCGGUAUCCUGAUCGGCCACUUGGCGUUCUUCCUUCUCUUCAAGUACCCUCAGGAGUUCGGCGGCCCCGCUCUCCUAUCACCGCCGGCUUUCUUAAAAAAUAUAUUCCCAGACACAAGAUACGUGGGUGGCUUCGGCACCGCACCCCAAGCUAGGGUGCCCACACGGCCAGGCGGAACAGUCUUCGGAGGACACAACUGGGGCCGUGGACACACUCUAGGAGGAAAUUGAUGUAACAACAAUCACAGUGAGAGACUUUGAUGUUUACAAACACGAACGAUAUCCCGAUAUUUAAGAUGUGAUUAUGGUGACCCUAACAGUUUUUCUUGACGAAGGUAUCAUGUGCAUACAGCCUUUAUCCAACCUCUUUUUUUUAUAGACUGUUGAAGUGUGUUCAAUACUUUUUUUUUAAUCACAAUGAUCACAGCUUCGAAAUUAAUUAUCUAUGUAAAAUUAUUUUCUUUAUGCAUUCAUAAAGUUAUUAUUUUGUAAUAGAAAACAUUGUUUUCUAUAGUUUUACUGCACUGAUUUGUUGCAAUUGGUUAGUUUCCUCGGUCAAAAAUAAAUAAUUUCGACUCUUCAAUGCUCUAAAAUAGUCAAAAACAAUCACACCUUUCAUAUAGAUUUGAUGAUCUACUGGAUUUUUAUUUGUUUAGCCAAUUUUCUAGAAAUAAGUCUGCAAACUGACGUAAAAAUCUGAUGGCGUUGUAACAUACUAUUUCAUAGAAAAUAUAGUUUUUGACGUUUCGAAAAAAGUAUUGAAUUUAGUAUUGACUAGUAGGAAACUAGCCUAUUUUUUAAUUGUAAUUUAAUUAAGUGGGUGUACAGACUAUAUAGUCUGUGGUCAUUGUAAUGUGUUUUAAUGGAAUUGCUAAGUCUUUAAUAGGUAAAAACGCAAAGUGCAAAGAUAUUAUUAUAAUAUACAUAUAAUAAAUAAAAGAUGUAUUUAAAAACUAAAUGUUUUCGCAUAUCUGUACACACGAAUAACUUUUAUUUGGACUUGAACAAAAUUGUUAUUUAAGCUAAUUUUAUAAUAUAGUUAGGUAAAAUUUUCUGUACCUAUAAUAUUGUUUUAGGUAAAAAAGGCAAAAUUGUAGUUUAAAGUGAAUGUAAAUCUUUUUAUGUUCAUGAUUUUUUUUAUAUUUAACACAGAGAAUUCACUCUUAUUCCUAAGUUUAUAAAGUCGAAAUCAGUUUCCGAUUGUAUUCCUUACUAAACAUAUAUUUACUUUUAUGUACUUGCCUGGUAACAAUACUACCUAAAUAUGAACUGUUCAACGAAUAGAAUUUAAAUACAAUGUUUUUGUUAACCUGUAUGUAUGUGUUUGUGUGCGAAUCUCGGGAAUUGCUAAACCGUUCUUGAUAUGAUGUAUAGUGAGGUACAAGAUUGCAAUAAACUGUUGAUAUAACAAUUUAACAGAUGUUAA